UAACGAAAGCACCAAAACACCUAAGCAAGAAACCAUGAAUCACGUUUUAUCUCUCAUCCUUUCCUUCCUCCUCUUUACUUUCAUCACCAAUCUUCCAUCAAACACCGCUGGUCCUUCUUAUCCUACUGAUGUAUUGGACACUGAUGGUGACCUCCUUAUCCAAGGUAGCGGAUACUACAUACAACCAGUAAAUGAGAGCGCUUAUAGUGGAGGGAUAUCCCUAGGCAAAACCGCUAAUUCAAAAUGUCCACUAAAUGUCGUACAAUCUAGUUUUGAAUUUGGCUUUCCAGUUAAGUUCACCAUACCAAAAAGCCCCGAGGCUAAGAUCUUUACUGGUUAUGAUGUUGUUAUUGAGUUCAGGGACAAACCUCUCUGUGCUAAAUCAUCAGAAUGGUCGGUGUUUGUUGAUAACACUACUCAACUGAGAUAUGUUGGUAUUAGUGGUCCUGAAAACGAUCAUGGUGUUGAAAAAAUCAAUGGAAAGUUUGUGAUAACGGAAUAUCGAUCUGGAAGCAGCUCUUAUAGUCUUUUAUUUUGUUACAAAAUGACUGGUGAAUGUGCUCCUCUUGGACUGAACGAGUUCAAUUCUGAAGAAGGUUUUUCACGUUUGGUUUUGAAGUCAGUUAAUGAUUUUCCUGUCGAAUUCUUUAAUGACGGUGUUGAUCCUAAUCCUGAUGCGGGUGAUAAAACUAGUAAUAUGCGUUAGGUUUAGUUAUGUUAUAAUGAAUAAAUGGAGUAAUUUGUGUUAGUUUUAAACUAAUACAUAAUUACACAUUUGCUUUGUUGGAGUUGAUCCUGUAUUUCAUUUUAUUGUGUUUUAUUUACUCUUGAUGUUGCUUAAAAUUGGGAGCCACGUUCAUUAUGCCAAAUCCAUAAUAUAGUACACUGCUUCCUCCCUCCGUUAUUUAUUAUAAAUCACUCAGUCAAAAAAUUAUGUAUUAAUAAUUUCUUAUUAUUCUAUUUAUUUAUUUAAUUAUUUAUUAUUAUUUA